GUGUGGCUUCACAACACUUAAAUGUGCCUUGAGUUUGUCCUGCUGCGUACACAUUAUUGCCUCUGUCGCGCUCUUUUUUACAUUCUGUUUUUGCAAUGUCAUUUAUUUCAAACUAACACAAAAUAUCUCGUCUCGCUGCUUGGUCGUGGUAAAUUUCGGCGAAGUCUAUUUCCGUUGUUGCCUUUUAGUUUGAAAAAAAAAAAACCGCGGAAGUUGUAUUUAUCACGGAGCUUGACGUGAGCUGUGGAGGGAGCGGCUCUGGUCGAGCGACGUUAGCACAGCAGAGGAGAGAGAGAGAGAGGGCAGUGAAUGACGACAGCAGGUGAAGAUGCGGGAAUACAAGCUGGUGGUCUUAGGGUCUGGUGGUGUUGGCAAGUCUGCUUUGACGGUGCAGUUUGUCCAGGGUAUCUUUGUGGAGAAGUACGACCCCACGAUAGAAGAUUCCUACAGGAAGCAAGUGGAGGUGGAUGGUCAACAGUGCAUGUUGGAGAUCUUGGACACGGCAGGAACAGAGCAGUUCACGGCCAUGCGUGAUCUCUACAUGAAGAACGGCCAAGGCUUCGCUCUGGUCUACUCCAUCACGGCUCAGUCCACCUUCAACGAUCUUCAAGACCUCAGAGAGCAGAUCCUCAGGGUCAAGGACACUGAUGAUGUUCCGAUGAUCCUGGUGGGCAACAAGUGUGACCUGGAGGUGGAGCGCGUGGUGGCCAAAGAGUCAGGGGUGGGCCUCGCUCGCCAGUGGAACUCCUGCGUCUUCCUGGAGACGUCAGCCAAGAGCAAGAUCAACGUCAACGAGAUCUUCUAUGACCUGGUGAGACAGAUCAACAGGAAAAGCCCACUUCCUGGAAGAACUCGCAAAAAGUCCACUUGUCAGCUCCUCUAAUCACAGCUCUGCGCUCGCCGGACCAACAACCAAUCCUAGGACAUCUUCCAACCUGCCCCGCCCCCUGUGAAAACACACACCAUCAACAUGGACCACCUCAGACCUCUGACCCCUUCCCUGUUGCCUUGGAAACUUCAAAAGACUGUGACGACGAUAAUGAUGAUGAUGUCUGGCGUCUUCUCGAUGUCUCUUUUGUCUUUUUCUAAAUGACACACGGCCUCCAACAUGGUGCGUGUGUGUGUGUGUGGUGAUGAUAA